GAUUGCAACGUUACCUGUGACAAUUGCAGCCCCGGAUCUUGUAACAUAAAUACUGGAAAUUGCGGCACCUGCAAACAUGGUUUUCACGGUGACAAGUGUGAGAAACAAUGUAGUAACACUUGCCUCAAUUCAGUAUGUAGAAAACAAGACGGUUAUUGCAGUUAUGGUUGCAUGAGUGGUUUCUAUGGUUUUUUCUGUAAAAUUGAAUGUAGUGAAAACUGCAGACAAGACAGCUGCUCUAGAAGUGGAACUUGUAUAGAUGGAUGCAAACUUAAUUGGACCGGCGAUAAAUGCAACAAAUGUGAUUUAAUUCAUCAUGGAACUGACUGCUUACAAGUGUGCAGUGUUAAUUGCAUCAAUCAGACUUGUGAUGAUGACACUGGAGUUUGCACGUUAGGAUGUAAUGAAGGAUAUUAUUCACAUAAAUGUGAACAGAGUUGCAGUGCUUUAUGUCCAUCGGGCUGCAGCAGAUACUCAGGAGAAUGUAAAGGCAAUUGUCCAGUUGGUAAAUAUGGAAAUCAAUGUGAAAUGGCUUGCAAUCAGAAUUGUAAAAAUAUAUGUAGUAAGGUUAAUGGCUCAUGCACCUUUGGAUGCAUUGACGGGAAAUUUGGAGUUGAUUGUCUGCAAACUUGUGGAGGAGGGUGCAUUUCUGGUUGUAACCAAGCUGAUGGCAGAUGUUAUUGUGAAAAAGGAUGGCAGGGUGAAAACUGUGAUGGCUGUGAAUCGACAUAUUAUGGACAAGAAUGUGAAUAUCAAUGUAGUUCAAACUGUUUGAACAAAACCUGUCUUUCAAACAACGGGUCGUGUAUAGGAGGAUGUAAGGGGGACUUUAUAGACGAGAAAUGCUCCAUUGCACUUGCUGUAAGUGACACAACUUCUUUGCCGACUACAGCUAUUGGUGCUGGAUUUGGAGCUGCAUUAUUCCUAUUGGUUUUUAUCAUUAUCGUCGUUAUUGUUCUGAGAUACAGACGGCAAAUGCGUCAAAAUUCCAAAUCAGAAAUGGUUAUCUAUAAAAAGGAUCAUGUUCCACCUUCUGCGGAAAACAAGUUGUACACUAAUAUAGGGAGUGUUUUCGUUGCGAUCGAGGAUCCAGAAGAAGAACCACAAAUAGAAAACCCCGAGGAGGCUGUUUAUUAUAAUGACCUCUCAGUGGCCAAGGAUAUCGCGGUGUCGGAUCUACUGACAAUCAUAACACAAAAGGAGGCCAGGGAGAACGAGGGAUUCCAAAAGGAAUUCAAGUCACUUCCUUAUGGAGAAAGAUUUGCUUGUGAAACCGCCAAAACAGAAGAAAACAUGCUUAGAAACAGAUUUAAAACCACGUUUCCUUAUGAUCAUUCUCGCAUAAUUUUGGAGGUCAGUAAGGGAUUCGCCUCCGAUUACAUCAAUGCAAACUAUAUUGAGAAUAUGGAAGGAAGAAGGGAAUUCAUUGCCUGUCAAGGCCCCCGAGAGAACACUUUGAUAGACCACUGGAGAAUGAUAUGGCAAGAACAUGUAGAAUACAUUGUCAUGUUGACUAACCUUAUUGAGGGUCCAAAGGUGAAAUGUCAUCAAUAUUGGCCAGAUGAAGGAAAAGAAUUGGACAUCAAUCCAUUUUCUGUAACCAUGUUAGAAGAAACGGUCUAUGCUUAUUUUGUCGAAAGAAAAAUGAAUGUGCGGAAAAAGAGGAUCACUGGGUCAAGGACGGUCGUACAGUAUCACUACACACGAUGGCCCGAUCAUGGAACACCGAAUCCUCUAAAUUUGGUUGUCUUCCACAGACACUUUAGACACAAAAUCAAAUCUACCCAGAGUCCAAUUAUUGUACAUUGCAGUGCAGGAAUUGGACGAACCGGGACAUUCAUUGCCCUUGACGUUUUGUCCAGGUAUGGCAAGGACAAGGGCAAGGUCAAUAUCAUAGAGUAUGUCAAGGCCAUGCGUAAAGACAGGAUGACAAUGAUACAGAAUGUGGACCAGUAUGCGUUUCUGUACCAUGCUUUGUACGAGUUCUUCAGACGAAAAGGACAGUAUAGGAAGAAAGACGAAUUUCGCGGUCUGUAUGGAGAUACAUACAGAAUAAAUUCACAGAAACAACUCACAAAUGAAUUAAAUGAAUUGGUUAAUGUAAAACCAAGCUAUGACGCACGUGACUUUAAGAGUGGAAAAGAGUUUUCAGGCUUAAACUUCACCAAAUCCGUUUUACCAGUUGAGCAAUAUCUGGUGUAUCUGACAUCUCAUGUAUCUGGCAGAGAAUCUUACUACAAUGCAGUUCAUGUUUCUUCCUUCACUCGAGCUGAGGAAUUCAUAUCUGCACAAUUCCCAGUGUCUGGUGCGGCCAUAGAUCUUGCUCGCCUGCUUGUAGAUCAAGAGUCAACAUUCCUCAUUUCAAUGAAUCCAUUAUCAGAGAUAAAAGAGCUACAAAAUUGGGUUGAAGGAAAAGCUGGCAAUGUUAAGCUAAAUCCUUAUACAAUUGUUCGCGAGGAACAGAAAACACUGUCGGACGAGAUGAGAAAGACAAACAUAAAAAUAACAAAGAAAGGGUUUAACAAAAAGGCCCACGCAGUACAGAUAUUUGAAUGCAUGAAUUGGAAUUCUACUGAUGCUCUUCCAGCAGAAACGUCUUCUUUGAUAAACCUUCUACAACAGUUCAGCCUCGAUCGCAAGUCUCACCCAAACGGACAUAUAACUGUUAUAUCGAAGGACGGUGCAACCUGCUGUGGAGUAUUUAUUGCUGUAUAUAACGCCAUAGAACAGCUACAACAAGAGAACGAGGUGGAUAUAUCUACAAUAGUACAACAGAUACAGUGUAGAAGACCAGAGAUGGUAUCUUCAAAGGAAGAGUACGAAUUAUGUUACAAAGCAGUUUCAGAUUUUCUGAAUACAGACAGUGUAUACGCCAACACUUAAAAUAGUUUUGUCUUUGUGUACUUGUAAGAGAAGGAUUCAUAAAAAUAAGGGUAACAAAAAGAACUAGUCUAAGGGAUAUUAUUAUGUGUUAUAAUUACUGAACUGAGCAUUUUCCUCCUAUACAUCAUUUUGAUUUAUGUAUUCCUUUUUUAAUUAUUGUAUCUAAGCAUAUUCACGUAUAUUUUAUAUUUUUUUUAUUUAUAUUUUAUCAAAAACUAUCUUAUUAUACUAGUUUCCUCUUUUAUAGUUAAGGUAUUAUAGGAGUAUGUUUUAAUCAGAUUUCCGCAUUUAGCAUUAGCUUGAUUUUUGUUCAUUGACUCUUUGUCAGAUAAUUGUAUUACUAGUAAACAUGUAUUUUUAAAGAUAAGGAAUGCAAA